GCAAGAUUGACGUCUCUAGCCGGGUGUACAUAGUGUGCAAGCUCACAUAUUGAGUUACGAAGGACUUGACGAAGUUUUAGCUUAGAUUUUUUGUUGUUCCUGCAAAAGUUUCGAAAGGGCUCUGCAGUCAACAGAUUUCGUUGUGUGGUUAUGGAGUGCGCCGCACUUUGCAUGUUAGCUGCUACUGUUGGCUUUGUGCCAUCACCGGACACUCAUAGAUGUUCCUAUUGCGUGGAGGCCCGAUCCACGUAUCCGGAUUGUUUUGAAGAUGUCAUCGAAUGCGCCUACAGAGAUCCUAGCUCUCUGAUAUUUUGCCUAAAUGUUUACGAGCAUGCAGCAGCUUCGAUGGUGCAUUACUCAGCUCGUUGUCUGUCAUAUGAGAAGUUUUACGUCUCAGACGAUGCUAUUAGAAAGAUUGGUACAAGUGGUAUGUGUAAAUUCUCUGAUGUACAACCUUGUGAAUGUGAUGUCUGUAGAACACAAACGACAACGACGGAGCUAGGAAUUACCUUAAUGAGUAGCUCAGAUCAUACGAGAAAACACAAGCAUCACCAUCACCACCAUCACCACCAUACGAACUUGACCCGAAGCCAUCCAUCUGCUCCUCGUCUCUUACAAAAUAUUUCAAAUCCACAGCAAUCGGCAUACAAGGAGGACGGUUUAAGGUUCGCCGCGCACUCAUCAUCCUCUCGAAGAUCUUUAUUAUCAAUUCUGCUUAUUUCUACAAUUACGAUACUGUUGAAACAAUCCUGUUAAUGAAUCCCAUGCUAAGGCAAAACUUUGAGCGCUUUCACCAAAAUCAAAACAUUCAAAACAUCCCUCAUUUGCUCUCAAACCCUCAAAGAUUCCUCUCUCUCUUUACCCUGGUCCCUCACAUUAUUUCGCUGUAUUGAUAUGUUUUCCAUUAUUCGCUUUUGAGAACAAAUGUAUAAUUCAUGACAUUACGUUCACUAUUUCCGAACCGUUCCCUCUCAAACGAGGACAUCCAUUCUAUCCGGGUAUUUUUUUUCUAAAAUCAAAAAUUCACCUAUCAACUUAUG